AUGGACGGUGAUUCCUCUUGGAGUGCUCGUCUCUCUUCCGCCUCUAGGCGCUACCAAUCCGCUCUUCAAUCUCGAUCAGACAUGUUCAUGGGUUUUGAUGAAAAUGAUGGGGACGAUGAUAUAAGGGAGGAGUUUCUCUGCCCAUUUUGUUCCGAGUAUUUUGAUAUUGUUGGAUUAUGCUGUCACAUUGAUGAAGAGCAUCCAAUGGAAGCAAAAAAUGGGGUAUGUCCAGUUUGUGCAUUGAGGGUGGGGGUUGAUAUGGUAGCACAUAUAACCCUACAACACGGGACACGACUUUUUACUCGCAGUGAAUACAUGCAGCGAAAAAGGAAAUCACGGAAAGGUGGAUCUUAUUCAACACUAUCUUUAUUGAGGAAGGAGCUACGAGAAGGAAAUUUGCAGUCCCUUUUUGGUGGAUCUUCAUGUAUAGUGUCCUCAUCUAAUGCAGCUGAUCCACUGUUGUCAUCAUUUAUACUGCCUUUAGCUAAUGAACAUGCCAGCUCUCAGCCUCACUUACACACUGAGACAAGAUCAUCUAAAAAAUGCUCAGAUGAGACUGUGUCAAAAAGAAAUGUGGAGACAUCAACCUUGUCAGUUAAGGAUAAGGAGGAGAAGGCAAAAAGAUGCGAAUUUGUUCAAGGGCUGUUGCUGUCCACCAUACUCGAUGAUAAUUUAUGA